CGCUUACGUACGUUAUUGACAGCGCGGUUGUCUAAGCCCGCCUGUCGUGGCGCAAUCCCUGUUCACAGCCCAAACCCGUCAACAUGACCCAUCCAGCCACCUGGAUUGUGUCACCGAGUCUCCCGUCCCUGCACAACUCGCGCUUACAACCAUCCAGACUUUCUCUCCCUGUUCUUCUCUUCUCAAAGCCACAGCCACGGUCGACCGAUCUGAAGCAGCUCCAGGAUGUUCGCUGCGGGUAUGCGAUCCUGUAAACUGCUGCUGCUGCUGGUGCUCGAUGUCUUUUGGGAACAUCAGCCGGACAGUUGGGCUUUGAAGGCUUAUCCUAUGGCAAUGUUUUCGAAUAUCUAUGCUUCCGAGGAAUUGGAGUCCAAAUUUCAUUGGAAUGUAGGUUCCGGGAACAUCUCAUGGCCAAAAACUCAGCUCCGAAUCUGAUCUGCAUAGGAGUUGCUUUUCUGGCGGCCCUCUUCUAUGUAGUUACCGGGAUAUCAGAUCCGUCGAUAGACCCCAAAAUCGACGUGCGCAUGGUCGCCAUGGACUUUGCGCUUCUAGCGAUUGUAGCCCUCGCCCAGGGUCAACUGUGGCUGAACAAGAAAUGGGCCAUCGGCUCUCCCACCAUGAUUUCCGUAUCGCUGAAUACACUCGCCGGACUUUUCUUGUCGACAUCGUACGUCUUCAAAUUCCUCGCUCGAUGGACGGUCAAUCUGAAUAGAGAGGCUCUGGUAUCUUGGAUGUAUCGCCGUGCGCCAACGGAGUUGGUCGUCACCUGGGAUGCACUCAUGGCGCUGCAUACAGUUUUCUACCACAAGCAACUGAUGAUCAUCUGGUAUUUCGGCCUGUUCCGGCUCCUCUUGAUCUUCAUCGUCUUCAGAGACGUUUUCGAUUGGGUACAGUACGAGGGUGCGCUGCAGCUUCUGGUCAGCAUGACAUACAUUUUUGGGCUCUACCAACGGGACAGACGGGAUAGACUCAGCUUCGCGGUCGCGACGGGGAAAGUGAAAGAACGGGGCCCGAGCUGCACAACUUCGGUGGUGGUGGAAUCCCGUUUCACCCUCAAAGCCCUUAAAGCGCAUCUCCAGUCCAUCUGGACAAGCGCAUUCGCCGACACACACAAAGAGGAGAACUUCCAAUCCUACUUUGCAACCGUCUCCAAAAAGGCCGUCCGGCUCAUGUCAGUGGCCAUGAUGACCUCCAACGUCGUCUCUACCACAAACCUGUACUUCCGCUUCAAAGGCCACCGAAUGGCCGACACCGACUUCAUCGUCCACACUGUCUUUGCCGUCACGGUCCCCUUCAUCUGCAUCUUCUCCUUCGCCUGCACCUACAUGGCCGCGUUCGGCGGGAAACACCUCCUACGACAACAACGGACACUCACCUGCGCAUACGCCCUGCUGCGGAUAGGCACCACGGUACUCUGCAUCUGCGCGGUACGGUGUAUCCCGGGAUACCUGGACGGGACGAUGAACGUAUACCAGGUGGAGGGGUACGAGUGGCACGUGUACAUAUCGAUCUUGUUUUUCCAUUACAAUGCGCCGGUGUCGCUGUAUGGGCUGGAUUGCUUGAUUGGGCGGUAUGGGUUGGUUUGCAGCGGGGUGGACGUGGUGGCGGGCUUGUUGGUGGCAAAGUGGGGGAAUGCGGAUGGGAGCCCGUUGUUGCCGAUCACGCAGUUGUCGAUGGCGUUGUUUGCUGGUAUGUUCGUUCUUGCACAGGUUUUACCAAAACAUCGAACAGUCCUUCUCAUGUCUAUGAUGUUUAUUCAGGCCUCGUAGUAGUCCCCGCCGGCGAACGCAACCGCCGCGAAUUCUUCCACACAGUCAUCCUCUCAACCCCGCCAGAAGUCAAAGCCGCCAAAGCCGAAAAAGCCGGACGCCAAAAAAUGUUCAAAAAGUCGUCCAUAAGCACACCCAGCAUCAUCUCCGCCACGUGCAUCCUCCGCGACCGGG